AUGUUUGAAAUGACUCUAAUAUGGAGAUCCGGAGGCACUCCAAUCGGGCUCCUUAUACACAGGGACUUCUCUGGCCGUGUUGUAAUAGCGAUGGUUGAAAGUGGAUGCACUGCAUCCAAGGUGGUCAAGGCUGGAGAUAUUCUUUUGAAGGUGAACGCCACCGAUGUAUUCGAUAGGGACGUGGCUCGCAAUUUGCAAGUGAUUAUGGAAGUCAUAAACUCGUCGAAACGAGUAACUCUGACACUUGAACGAUGCGUAUUUGCACCUCUGCCUCCAUUAAUUCCAAGAAGUCAAGGCGCCCCUGGUGCACCCGGGGCCCCUCCCGGAGCUUCUACACCAGCACUCGAAGCUCCUAAAGCAUCGCUGGAUGUGGCUCUACCUGCCGAUGUGCUUGGUAUACUGGAGAUGAACAAGAACUUCUACCUUGUCCAGUGUACCUUGCCACCUUGUCUGAAGAAGGUCAAACAACCUGAACAGCCGACAGCACAUAUGAAUCUGCCUCCAGAUGCACAAACCGAGACAAUAAUCCCUUAUGAUCCAUCACCGAAACCGCUAAAAGUAACUCCGAAGAGAGUGGGCUCAUAA